AUGGAUUCAGAGCAGAGGAAGCAGCUCGUGGUAAUCGACUACGCAUUUCUUGGCAUCGUGUGGGUUGUCGUGCCCUUGCGACUAUUCAUACUAUACUCGGGCUAUAUAAUCAACACGCAAAUCGACAUAGUGCUCGGGAUCGGAGUCCAUCGAGCCGAGCUGACCGACUGGCAAUGGCAUAACGCCUUGAAGUCUUGGUAUGCCGGCGAGCUCUUCUACCUUGUUUGCACGUGCCUGGUGAAGAUAUCGUUUGGCUAUUUCCUCCUGCGCAUCACCACAGAGCCAAGAAUCAUACUGCUUGUUAACAUGAUCAUGAUGGGCACCGUCAUCUUCACCUCCAUCUACUUCCUCAUGACUGUCUUUCAGUGUCACCCGGUCGACGCGUGGUGGGAGGAUAAUCCACGCUCUGAGGGACGCUGCUUGCCACCGGACGUCGUCGUAAACGUAACCUUCUUCGCCUCAGCUGUCAACUGCCUUGCGGAUUUUACUUUUGCGUUUUUACCCGUUCUAAUCGUCUUGCCAUUGUCGAUGAGCAUGACGAGAAAAGUCCUGGUCGUAAUAUUGAUGGGGAUGGGUGCCGUAUCCUUGUGGCAGACGGGGAAUUCGCGGAUCGUUCUGACAGUUGUUUUUACUGUGGAGGGCAGUGGGAGUUCGGUGACCAUUGUGCGUGCGACCAAGGUGCGUGGUCUUUUGGACGGCGAAGACUUUCUCUACACAAACCUGGACUUUGCAACAUGGAGCACCGUUGAAGUGGGCACGGGGAUGACGGCCACUUCCUUGGCAUGCCUCCGGCCGCUCUUCCAAAACUUGCGAUACAUGUGGGGUGGCGGCGGUCAAGGACCGUCUAGUCGCUGGUGGCAGUUGCGAGCCAACCGCCGCCGCCAGCGCACCGGCCGGGACGAACGGAAUGCUGCUCAGGAUGGUGCUGAAAGUGGCCCGUGGGUAUGGGGCAACAACGACAACUCUGCGAUUAACUCGGCGUCCGCAGACUCCUCGGGAGUCAGAGGCAGAGACGCGCGAGGCAACGCUAGUGGGCGUCAUGGUGGCGGAGAAUCAUCGUGGUUCCAGAAGCUGCUGCAAAUUUCGGUGAUAACCACGUCGUCUAUCGCGACGCUUACACGCCGCGGCAGAGAGGGGCAGAAUGAAGGCAUGGAUAACACGUCGUUGGCGGAAAACGGGAUUGCUACCAGUGCCGGUAUCGAGGAGGAUGCUCGUGGCGUCCUGGAUGAACACCACGAGGUCCAGACAUUGCCUCGCAUAUACCAGCAAGACUCUGCUGUCCAAAUCCCAGCAGAAGAUUCGGGAUUGUACGAGCGUGCCGAAAGAAGGCCGUCUAAACCGAGAUCCAUAUCUUCGGCCCCGGCAAGGGCCAGCACAAGGGAAGCGACGAGUGGUCAUUUGCCAGUCAUGGACCCGAGAGCAUUGAUAAAUGUCUGGCAAAGUGAAUGGCAAUGGUGGUGGUGCUUGCUUUUGCCCAGCUUGGGACAGAGAGAUGGCAAUGCGGUUGCGUUCAGAACAAGAGAGACAUAGCCCGGCUCGAGGCAGCAAAUUGUUGAUAUUGAUUGACUAAUAUCACGGAAUGCUUUCGACGUAAGAGAUCUUUUUGCUCAGAUGAUAUAGGCAGUGAAGUGAGGGGCUUUGUG